ACAGGUAGUGGGAAAUGGUACCGUGUUGAGCUUUCAGAAGCCCACAAACACGGUUUCUCUCGAGCGAGGCAAAGAUGUUUAGAAUUCCACUAUCUCUCCCUACUCUGGUAGGAAUUGUAUUAAAUGUUAUUUUGUUUAAAUCUGAAGCAAGCUCUGGAGUACUGACAUGCACGAGCCCCUGUCAACAAGCGGAUGCAACUGGAGCUCCAGGUAUAUCUUUACCACCAUGCGUUUUAAGUACUACAAGAAGUUGUGAAACCGAUGGCACUGUACCUGUCAAUCAGGCACCUGGCCCUCCCCUCCAGGUUGGUUUAGACUCCUACUCCUCCUCCUACAUAGCAACAGAUGGGAAGAUUUAUCUUGAUCUGGCCCCUCGCUGGAAGGCUUCGACAGAUCGCAUCAACUAUUUGACUGGAUAUGAAGUUAAAGUCAUGUGUCACCAAAGUAUUUGUGCAACGCAAUACUUCUGUGUCACAAUAUUAUUCAACAGAACAUUGACGGUUAGUGAUGCUCAGUCCAAUUUCUCAGUGACAUGCCAGUAUGGGGAUUUUGCACAGCCUGACAUGGAUUACAUCACCAUUAUCCGCAGCCUACCAAACAAUGAUGAUAAUUCAAAUGAAGGAAGAUUUCUUACAAAACUCCCAAGUUGUGGACAGGAAUCAAAUUUAACUGUAUGCAACAUUGAAUCACCUGACAAUUGGAGACCAUAUUCUCGGCCAACCCUUACUCAAAUUGCCAAUGGUUCCGUGCAGGUGACUUUUUGGCCUAGCGAUAAAUAUACAGUCUAUGAAGUCUUGCUUCAGAAACAAGAAGGCAACUACGAGCACUAUCAGGUGACCUACAGGUUCAAUCCCAUGCUGAAUUUGGAAAAUGAAGCUCCUAUUGUGCUCUUCAACAACGUGCAAGAGGGAACUUAUAGAGCACAUGUAUGGAUUAGUGAAACACAGUGUGAUGGAUGUAUCCCUUUAUGGAUUGACUCCGAUAAUGACAUCGCUGUUAAAGCUAUGCCUACUCCUGCCUCAUCUACGACCCAUCCUCCAUCAUCGACGACCCCCUCUGACCCAACCACGUCCCCUACAGCCACGCCUACACCCUCUUCACAUCUACGUACCUCAGUCAAACCGGAAGACAGUCUUCCAUUGGCAACACUCUCUGGAGCUCUGGGUGGAGUCCUAGGCCUAUUGCUGAUGGUCCUGAUCUUGUUUUUUAUCUUCCGUUCCUACAUGAGGAGCCGCGCGCACUCGCCUGGUCCCCCCAAGGAGACGAGGGAUGGAGGUGACCCGACACAGUCAUCCAUGCCUCAUCUUAAGAACAUUCCAUAUAAUGACUGUGAUUCUCUGAAUGGCACCCGGUACAUCAAUCACUUCCCUCUGUCGAAUGGAACUACCAUCUACUCAGACGACCCCACCUGCAGAUUUACCAGUCCCUCCAUGGUACCAGCAACUAUUCACCAUGACAACAUGAUCAAUGGAAGACUGAAUAUGCAGGAGAGUCAGUUUUAUGCCGAUUCUAUGCCUUACAAAGAAAUGGAUAGCAUCAGUAAGGUUGUGGAUAUCCAUUCUCCCGUGGACGUCCAAACAUCCUCUAAAUGUGACCAACCGUCAUCACCUGACUCUGGUUUAGAGUCACUAUACUCAGAUGGCACAAUGGAGGAUGGUAGAACACUGUUCUCUUUAGCUUUAACUUCUUUGGGGGAUGAAGUAUAGUAUAAUCUCAAUGCAUAUUCUCUAUUGUUUUUCAUUAUUAAUGAGGAAUAGAACAUAUUAGAGUAAAGAUUUAAGAUAUGUCAUGCUCCUUACAAAUUCUAUACAUUUGUGAAUGAAUCAAAGAUACAAUGCAACUAUUGUAUAAGCCUGUCUGGUUACAAACAAACACGACCCGUUUAAAAUCAAUGAAUAUCGGAGAGGAAAUAUUAUUGUAUGUUCACAUUUAUAUAUAUCUUUAUAUUUUAUAUUUUUACCAUGAACUUGAACGAAUUUUGAAUUUAUAGCUUGUAAUGUCUGAUUUCACAUGUAUUUAUUGUAAUGUAAUUUUUUUUAUCAAUUUGUAAAAAGUCACACAAUUCAGCCUUCGGGCUGCGAGAUGAUUUUCAAUAAAACAAACCAUUUAUAA